AUGUUCUUUUUUAAUGAAAAUUAUAUUUCACCAGUAGUGAUAUCAAUUUUUUUUCUUGUUUUAUUUACAUUUAAGGACUUACAUUUUUCAAAUAAUCAUUCUCAAAAAAAUGGGAAGCAAAGGUUUCUGUUUGAGAAUUUAAAUAAAGUUCUUCCGGAAAAAUUGAAUAUUUAUGACUAUAAUAAUUUUCACAUACCAAAUUUUGUUGAAAUAAAGUUAAAAAAUAAUAAUAAUCAAGAUAUAGAGAAAAGUAGUGAUGAAAAUGAAAAAAAUUAUGACUAUAAAAAAAAAUGCGAAGAUAAUAGUAAAAAUCUUUUAAAUAAUAUUUAUAAAAAAAUAAAAAAAAUUUUCGGGGUUUCAUCGUUUGACACAGAAGAAUGUAUAAAUAAUGAGAAACAUAAAAAAUUCAAUGAAAAUUUUAAUUAUUUUAUUGAGAAUAAUUUAUCAAUUGGAAUAACACCAGUUUGCUUAAUUGACACAGGAAUUAAUACUAAAGAUAGUUUAAUAAAACAUUUUUUAAAAUAUGAAAACAAAAAUGAAGACUAUGAUCUUUCUUCAUUUGAAUUAGAAACUAAUUAUAAUGCUCAUUAUGGAAUUAAUACAGAAAUAUGUAAUGAAUAUAAUUAUUCAUAUUGUGAAUCUUCAAAUUUAGAAGAUACUGAUAACCAUGGAACAUAUGUUGCUAAUACAAUAAUUAAAAGUGAAUUAUUAAAAGAAAAAAAAGUAUUUAAAAAAAGUACUAGGUUAGUAGCUUGCAAAGCUUUUGGAAGUAAGAUGGAUUCUCAUUUAAUACCAUUAAUUAAAUGUUUAGAAUAUUGUAAAAUGAAAAAUGUAAAAAUAAUUCAUGUAAGUUAUAAUAUUUAUGAAAAGAAUGAAAAAUUAAUUGAAAUUAUGGAUGACUUAGAAAAAUCCCAAAUAAUAGUAGUAUCUCCUACACAUAAUAUAUAUAAUAAAAAAACAAAAAGCAAAAACAACGAUGAUGAAUAUAAUAAAAAAAGAUUUUAUCCAUCAUCUUUUUCUGAAAAGUACGAAAAUGUUUUUUCUAUUGGAGCUUUAAAAUAUUCUCAAGAAUUUAAGAGCGAUAAAAUAAAGGCAAUAUUACUAAAUAAUGACGAUAAAAAAGUAUUAAAUAUGGAAAAUACAACUUUAUUUAAUUUUACAUAUAGAACAAAUUUAUCUGAAAAAAAAGAUUCAGAUAUAGAAUAUUCCUCUAAUUAUGCUUCAGCAUCUUUUGUUAAUACUUUAAUAAUUAUGCUAAAUAUAAAUCCCAAAUUAUCUAUAAGUAAAAUAAGAGAUAUUUUAAAAAAAUCAAUAGUCGUUGAAAAUGAUCUAAAACCGCUAUCAAACUGGGGGGGUUACAUUAACGUAUCCAGAGUAAUUAAUGACUCAUUAAAAGAUAGAAAAAAAUUUUAUAAAUUAUUUUAUAUGGAUAUAUAUAAUGAUAAACAACAGAGAUUAUAUGACAUGUAUUCAACAAUUGCACCAAACACUAGACUACUCUCAAAAGUAAUGUAUAAGAAAGCUAAUGGUCAAAUGGAUUUAGAUAAAACUUACGUAGAUACUGAUAAUGACCUUAUAGAAUAUAAUGGAAGUAAAUAUAUAACAAAAGAAAAAGAGAAUAAAUAUGACAAUCAUAAUGAUAAUUCAUUAAUGUUAGUAAAUGAUGAAGAUAUUGAUUAUAAAAUAUCAUUAGACAUUAAAAACGAAGACAUUCCACAAAAAAGAAAAGAUAAAAGUUCACUAAAUAUUGAAAAUGAAGUAAUAGAUGAUGAUAUAGACACAUUUUCAAAUGAUUUUCAAAAUUCUCAGAAUGAAAUGUUUUUUGAUAAUAGUGAAACAUUUAAUAACAAUAAAAAGGUUUAUGAUUAUAGCUCUGAUAAAGACAAAUACAACUUGAACGAAACAUAUUCUUAUGGUGAAAAUGCUUUCAAUUAUAAUGAUCCGUAUGCCCAUCCUUCUUACAAUAGUUUUUUGCAGAUGCCAUAUAAUGAUGAAAUUCCAUCAAGAAAUGAAGAAUAUAUGUAUCAAAAUUAUGAAGAUAAUGAUUAUAUAUUUGAUAAUAAUAAUAAAAAUAACGUUUACAAAAAUAGUAAUUAUGAAAAUAUAUAUAGGAAUUCUAAUAAUAUAAAUGAAUUUAAUAAAGAUCAAGAUUAUGAAAAUAAUGAAAAAUUCUAUAAUUAUGCUUUACAUGAAUUAGAUGAAAAUGAUGAUUAUAAAUAUAAUAAGAAUAAUUAUAAAGAUGAUAAUUUAUCUUUAUUUAAUCAAAAUAACGAUAUAACAGAAGAUUUAUCUUCAAGGAAAAAAAGAUAUACACCAUAUUUAGAAGAAUCAAUAAAUUAUAGAAUGGCACAACCUUAUGUAGGAGAAAUAGACGAACAGAACUAUAUAUAUACGAAGAAAAACAAAUUAACAGAUGAAAAAUAUAAAAAUACUUCAAGAUCUAAAAAAAAUCCAAAAGUAAAAAAGAGAAAUCAAAAAAGAGAAAAACUCUUAUCAAAAAAGAAUAAAUCAAGGACAAGAAGUUUAUCAAAAAAAGCAAAAGCAGAAACUGAAAAACCUAGAAAAAUGACAAGAAAGAAGAUAAAAAAGAGGCCAAAGAAAAAAAAUAUAUCUAUUGAAAGUAGACAAAAAAAAUCCAAGAGAGUUCCUUUAAAAAAAAGAAGUUCACUAAAAAAUAGACAAAAAAAGCUAUCUAAGAGAGAAUCAGAGUUAAAAAAAAUCCCAAGUAAGUUACCAAGAAAGAAAGGACUUAUAAAAAAUACGUCAAACAAAAAACAACAAAAGAAAUUUCGCAACAAGAUAUAA